ACACGUCUGAAACAGGGCAUUUUUUAACCCUAACUUAUAGGGUGUGUGCAAAAUCGUACUGAAAUCAGAGAAUUGAAGACUACCAUGGUUAGUGCAGUUCUGCGAGACUACCUUCCAUCGUUUUUCCUCCGGUGUGCUCCAACUGAUGCUGGCCGAGGAUCUACGGCCAUGAUUGACCCGUGGACAGUUAUACUCCUCGGUCUGUGCGCGGUCCUGGGUGUGCUACGGUGGCACCUGGCUGGCCGAAAUCCCGUCGCCGCUAGAAAUCUCCCCCGCAUGCCGUUUACAUCAUCUCUGGCCGAUGCGUUCGAGGACAUCCGCAUCACUGCCCAUCUGUUUCAACAGGGUUUGGGUCAGCCGCACCAUAUGCUCAACAGGUUUUCUAAGAAGUACGGACCCGUGUUCAGCGUGACCCUCCCGUAUGUCCGCAUCGUCAUCCUGAGCAGCUACGACGCCAUUCGCGAGGCUUUCCAGAAUCAGUUCCUAAACGACAGGCCCGUCAUCCAGGUCCUGAAGCAUGGGGUCAAAGGUCACGGAGUUGCUUUCUCCUCCGGAGAAACCUGGAAAGUCCAGCGGAAGAUGGUGCUGAACUUCCUUCGGGCCUUUGGCGUGAAUCGCACCAGCUUCGAGGAGAAGAUCGCCCUGGAAGCUAGCCACCUCAACGCCGAGCUCCAGCAGCUGGGCGGCCGGCCCUUCGACCCCUCUCACCUCUUCGCCAACGCCGUCUCCAACAUCAUCUGCUCGGUGGUCUUCGGCCAGCGGUACGAGUACUCGGACCCGCGGUUCAAGAAGCUCCUGCGGGCCGUGUACCGCAACGUGGCCAUCAUCGGCGGCAGUACCGGCCCCCUCCAGAUGCUACCCUUUGCUUACCUCUUAAAGCCAUUCCUGUCUGUUUUGAAAGAGACGGAAGAUAAUGGAAAGUUGAUCAACAGCUUUGCAAGGGACGUCCUUGAGGACCACCAGAAGGAUUUUGACCCGAAGAAUCCCAGAGACUUCACCGACGUCUUCCUCCGGAAAAUGGCCGCUGAAGGCGCCGGAGACGACAACGGCACUGACAACAACAACGAAGACGACGAGUCCAUCCUGAGCGUCCACAACAUGUGCGCCACCGCCUCGGACCUCUUCAUGGCCGGCACCGAGACCACCUCCACCUCCCUGCGCUGGGGCCUACUGUACAUGCUGGCAUACCCGGACGUUCUGGCCAAGGUUCAGCGGGAGCUGGACUCAGUGGUGGGCCGCGACCGGCUGCCCACCAUGUCAGACAAGCCCAGGCUGCCGUACACGGAGGCCACCCUGAUGGAGCUCCAACGUAUCGCCAACAUCCUGCCCCUGGGGAUACCCCACCAGGCCUCGCAGGACACCACCCUCCAGGGCUACGACAUCCCCAAGGGCAGCGUCAUUAUGCCCAACAUGUGGGGCUUGUCCACCGACUCAGAGCUCUGGGACGAACCCGAGGCCUUCCGGCCCGAAAGAUUCCUGGAUGAGACGGAGCAGAACGUGAUCAAGCACGAGGCACACAUACCAUUUAGCAUUGGGCGUCGCAUGUGCAUCGGUGAGCAACUCGCAAAGAUGGAGCUGUUCAUCUUCCUGACGCACCUCUUCCAUCAGUUCACGAUCAAGAAGCCGGAGGACUCCCCACCCGUCUCCUUCAAGGGGAUCAUGGGCGUCACCCUGUCUCCCCUCCCGUACAAAGUCUGUGUGGUACCUCGCAGCUAGUAACUGUACACGUAGGUCCACAUCCAGUGUGCCACGCCGUUUGACUAUGUCCUGUCUUUUAGAAAACAGAUCUCUGUAUUGAUGACGCCACACUCUAUAAGAUUUGAAGCUUUGUCUGGUUGAGGCUACUGAAAGAUGGUUUGCGGGUACACCACGUGGAAUCAAUUCGUUCGAUGUGAGCGUGGUGGUUCUGAGAAGAACCGCUGAUUGUGAACUCGACGUCUCUCCUGAGGAUGACCAGAGCAUUGUGGUCGAAACGUCCAGGUCACAGUCAACGGUCCGUCUCAGAACCACUCCUCUUGUGGAAGAUAUCAAUUCCACAUAUCUGCAAACCAUCUCUCAGUGUGCCACAGUUUAUUUUAUGUAUUUUCACGUGUGCUUUCCUAGCGUGCUCAGUGUAUCACGGGCGCCCACUGGCUCUGCACGAAAGUGCCAUGCGCACUAUGUGUGAUGUCAUCAGCACAUAAGCCUACUGGACAACCGUAUUGCCGCUAUAGUGAAAGCAGGUUCGAGGUUGGACUUCAGUACAGUUAAACCAAACUUGCUCUACGAUUGGAGCAAACGGGGAAAAGUUGACCACAGCACAAAGGCACACCCUGAUAUUCAGUGAGUUUCAACAUUUAUUUUUCUUCAAUUCGUUAACCUUUAUAUUCUGUACAUAAAUCUUCACGUCCAAUAUCACUCUUGGUUCACAGUAAACUUCAACUCUAAAUCUUCCAUUUACAAGAAAUGACAAGUGUACUGUAUAAGUCUACAAAUGACAAAUACUCAAUUAUACUAUUAAACUAAGACUACAAACUCAAGUUUGUAGAAAGAUCAUUUGUGCAUUUCUUCAGGGCACGUGUUUUUCUUGAGUGCACAUAUCUGUUGACAAAAACUGUACACCCACUACAGACUAAUCAUUAAUGGCUGCAUCCGAAUCUCUUGUCUAGAACUAGGUCUAGGUCUUCGCUCCAAUGGAAAUGCGUGGAGACGCGCAGACAAUAGACCUAGCCGUAGCUCUGGAAGCCCGUUUCGGACACGGCCUUAGUAUGAAAUUACUGCACUUCCAGUAAGCCCUCAGUAAUGGCGGGGGCAGUGAGCAAGCUACCGGGUGAAAUUUAGUGUACCGGGUCCGAAUCCUUUUUCUGAACAAAACCUCUGAGACAAUAUUACACCUAUUGCUAGGAGUUAGAGUACCUUUUAAAAAGUUGUCCUCGCAAAGGUCCACAAUCAAAACAAUGUGAUUCAGUAGCUGUAACAAAGCAUUGGUGACCAGAUCCCACACCAUAAGCUUUAAGAAACUUUUUUCUGAUUAGAUUUUUUUUAUGCACAUGUAAAGCUGGGAACCUUCUCCUGGGUUUCCCUUUUGCUGGUGUCAAUCAAUGUGAUAUUCUGAUGAAUAUGGAUGUUAUGAGCAAAAAUGUUAAUAUUACUGAGUUUUUAUCAGACCUAGGAACAAAAGAAGUUCACAGGACGUACGGCUUGAAGGCAUCGUGUGGACUUCCAUUUUUUUCACGCAAGUGUUUUCCCCACUCUGAAAAACUGUUUCAGAGGCAUUUGGGGGUCAGAGUUACUUUGUGGCAGAAAUGAAGAGGAACAGUCCUGGAAAUCAUUAUCAUAAAUCCAGCUUGAAUGAGUGUUCACAGUAGAAGAAAACUGGAGUACUGUUUUAGAGUUUUCUCGAUCAUGCAGAGCGAAAUAAAUGACAACAUGAGAUAUGUAAAACAAGAAUGCGUGAUUGACGUUCUCCAAGACAUGUUCAAACGCCUAGCAGGUCAAACGACAAUCAAGCGAAUUGGCCUCGUGUUGUUAGGUUGGGUGACAGUGGUUCAUUUCCUGAAUUUUUCUGUGUUCGUCGGUGCUUGACAGGACAAUCAGCAUUUCUGGCUUGGUAAACAAUUUUGAGAUCUCCAUCUAGAAAAGCAAUGGUUUCACAACCUAAAACAAAGCCUUUUCCAUUACCUAUCCAUGUACUUUUUAAUUUCUCCUUAAAAGAAGCACGAUUAAAUAUAGAAACAUGUUUUUUUAAACAACUUAAUUAAGUGCAUGCAUUCGGCCUUGUACAUGUAAAUGCUACUCUCUCAACUCAAAACUCAAAUCUGACCCAGUUAUUGAUGACGUUUUGGUACUCGUAUAAAAACCACUUUAGUCCGGGUCCGCAAUUUUUGUUGGAACACUGCUUAGAUACUCUUUCGAUGCUGCCAUUUGCAAAAGGUAGAAUUCCUUCCCAAAAGGUAGACUGACACAGUCUAUCAGUUUCAGCUGUUAGAAAUCUAGUUUUUAACUAAGCCUUAUAAAUAGUUUAUGAGUAUUCCCAGAAAUUAGCAGGGGUCCAUUUUUUUCGUGUCCCCGUCACAUCUGACGUAGGAUUUUGUAAGUUCGGAACACGUUCUCAAAUUUCCAGAGUGUUGAAUUAAUGCAAAUUACCUGCCAAACAACUAGUAAUAGCAAUUAUGGUGAUAUUUCGAUGUCAAAUAACAAAGGUCAGAUGUAACAGGGACACAAAAAUGUCACACUUCUGGACCCCUUAUUUCUGGAAUUACCCUUAGAAAAAAUCUACUUAAUUUUUUCAAUUUCAUAGAAGCUGUAAAUUGCUCAUUUUGGAUCAUACAUGUGCAUGUAUGUGUCACUGUAUACUGUACACAUACUCUGACUCAUGUAUCAAGCCAAAUGAAACAAAUGGUGAACGGUUGUAACAAAUGCUUCCUAUAGACCGUUUUCGUGUGAUGUCACAAUCGUGCUGGACUGUGACGUGUUGGUAAUGGUAAUGAAAGGAUAGUGUUGUGAUGGUAAUCUACUCAUUCAAGAUGAACUAGUCAAGCAUGCAGUGUUAGCACGAACGCUUGCACGUGGCUGAAGCUGCCCGUAGGAAUACAUGCGAUGACUGUGUCCAUGGCGGUCCACCGUGGUGUUAUUUAGUGCAUUCCAGUCACGUUGGUGAAAAAGGUCUAUUUUAUCAGCAAUCUACAAGUUCCUUAGAUUGAUUAGCCUAUUCAUAAGGUCAUCAGACCCAUUUCAGUAAAUCUCCUUCAGCACAAACUCGGCCUCUACCAUGAUGGGUAUUCAUCUGUACAUCAUGGUAGAGAGAGGUAAGUUUGGGUAUGAUGCCUUGUCCGAGGAUAGCAUGUAAACUGCAGCUGGAUUCUGAACCUCCCCACCCUGCAAUGGGAGUCACAUCUGAAAUGGGCUUGAUUCACAUGAUGGCCAUUUUGCAUCAUGCUCCCCAACUCCAAUCCAUUUAUUUAACACCAUGAAAUGAGGAGCCCGACUGUUUACUACCUGAUUGCCUCAGUUACAGGUAUAGAAUGCCGAAGUGUGACAUCAUUUUGAACCAGGAAGUGUAGUGCAAACAAAUGGAGUAUGCACGCUUAUAAAUUCAUGUGCCUGUUCUCUUUCAGUAAUGCCUUUGCCACAUGCAAUUGUUAGCGUGAGGUAUUUACUUCAAUAUACACUAUAGCUUUACUGUAAAUUUUUAUAUUUGUAAAUUUAAGGUGACAUAAAUUUUUAACCAUAAUGUGGAACUACCCACCGGAGGACAAGGACAAAUAUCUAUAAUUUGCCCUUAUUGUAUCUUCAAUCUUAUAUAUUUAGCUUUUAGACAAUUUAUAUGGGGGUGGCCUCACUUUCAAUUCAAGAUGGCUGACUUGAGCAAAAGGCUUCUUGAGGUAUUUGCAAAUCUAUCUGUCAAUCAUAAAUCCCAAGUCAGUUGACUAAGACCAUGAGAUGAAGAACGAUCAACGAAAAAUGUGCGACUUGAACUGAGACUACAUGACUAGUCACUGACCUUCGGUAACUUGUUUUCAACUCUCCCCUUGAAAAUAGCCUAAAAUCAAAGGCCUUAAUAGCAAAACAACUGCAGGUAGUGUACAAUGGACAUACAGGUCGGGUGCUCAGCUGACGAAGAUUCAAUUCCACAUGCAUGAACACGUAUACCAGUGUAAUGUACAUGAACAAUGCUCCCUUUAGGGCUACAGCAAGUAUGCAAAGUAUUCAUGUCACUGCAGUCUGCCACAUGACUGAAUGUACAUGUACAUGUAUGUGUACAUGGAGUAAUAUUGACAUUGUGCAUGGAUACAAUAGGGUUUCUUUAUCAGUGUAAACGAAUGGAUGUGUGUUUAUCUGUUGUGACAAUGGGGGAAUCUGAUUAAUUUCAGUCAGUACCCAGGAGUGUGUUUUGUGUUAUUUCCUGUUAACUGAUCAAACCAACCUGCAGCCUCCAUUUCCACAGGCAACAGAGAUUUAUCUGAAGAAGCCUGAGUAUGAACUAGCACUGUCUUGAAAAGUAUAAUGUGACCCGACCAAACACGUGAGUGUUGAGUUGCAAGAGUCACUUUGAGUUCAAGCUCUUUCAACCAAUCUUGCACAAUGUGUAACACUAGGAACCUUCAAAGUUUCUAGCUUAUGUACAUUCCACUUUGAGCAGGAUGCUUCUUACAUCCAACAAAGAGCUCAAACUGCUCUUUGCAAUGCAAAGUAUAAACAAUAUUACAGGAAUAAUGGCCUGUAGAAUUGUUUUAUGGGAUCUGGUCACAUAUAUUUGGUGCAGGUCCAUUCAAAGUGUGCUCUGAAAUGUGCAGGACUGAGUGCUGGGUUAAACCAAUGGGUAACUAGCAGUGCACAAGAAUGUGAUCUGUAGGUUUCAUCGUUAAGACUUAAGAGCUCCUCUAUCUGUGGGCAGGACGGGGAUAACACGGAAACCAAACUUGCAGGAGAGUACAUAUCCAAUUUUGAUUUCAAUGACAAACGUCUGUGAAAAAUUGGAAGUCGCCGUAAAAAAGUUAUCCACCCAUUCAGCAAGUUUACACAAUAAGCCGAGUUGCCUAUCUGACUGGAAACAUGCUGCACCUGAUCAAUGCAUCUACUCGGUGAAGCGUCCAGGUUCUACGCUCGUUUCUAAUUAAUUUCAGCACUUUCAAUAAAAACGAGAGCAUUUGUACACGUUUAUCAGGAUGGGAUCCUCAAAACACAGGGUUUUAAAAGCACCAAAGAAGAGUUCUAAAAACAAUUGUGGCCCCUAUUGAAUACUUCAUACAAAAUUAAUUUCACACAGCUACGGUAACAUCACUUUUUCAAUUAUAUCCGCACAUCACUUUCUCACAUACAGUUCACAGGUUGAUAAAACCGACAAUUUAAUCCAUAAUUGAAACUACACACAUAUGCAGAAAAAUAAAUAAUGUAAGUGAUGAAAAUAUUGUUCAAACUUACAUUUAAGUAGGCUCCUUGAACUUGAUGGGAAAAAAGUAUCCGCGAGGGCACAACAGUAGCACAAAGAAAUCAGUUACAACAUGGAUGAAAACUCUCCAAAACAAGUCAUACAGGUACAUGCACAUACUGUGCCAGGGCUGCAUGUCAACAAUUAUCUCUUGCAUCAACUGGCCGUUCAAUUGUCAGCUGGGGAACUGGUUAUUAAAAUAGCUUUUUCAUUCAUGCAUGGUCACUAUGUUUCAAUUAAAUCGCGCCAUAACCCUGUCGGACGCAGCACAGUGCAUCAGGUGAAAAAAGUCUGAUGCACUUUGACGCGCUUGGCAAUCAGCGGCAGCCGAACAAACUGGCCAUGUUGAGACAAUGGGAGCUAGUCCCAUUGAACGAUGCCACUGUUGGAUCUUGUUGGUGAUU